UCAUCAUGGCUUUCAGAUGUACACAUGUUAUAUCGGGUUUGAGAAGUGCUAUGCACAGAGAUGUUGCUGAUGGUAUGUACGCUACCUUUUAUUCAGUUCUCAAAGGGCAUUCAGAUGACUUACGGCCAUUUGGAGCAAGAUUUGCUUUUCAACCUAAGUCAAAGUUAAAACGAAAGGCAACUGAAGUGCCUGGGUACAGAAUUGGUGUAACUAAAGCAUGGGACACGUGGCACACUGGUUGCGUGGUUGGUAGCGAAGAUGCUUCGGAAAGAUUGAUGGAUGAUAUAAUGGUCAGGAAAUUCAUCGAAGGAGUUUUCUAUGAACUUUUGGUUUCAGAUAUCGUUAUAAAACGUCGGGAUAAUCAAAUUAUUGUAGCUUUUUAUCUCGCUGGAUCAUCAAUGGUGUCUGUCAAAACCUAUUUUCUUGUUGGGUUCAGUGAAAGACUCUUGUCAGAAAUGUUUGGGUGUAUCGUUAAAUUAGAAAUUGUUUCACAACUAACCAAAACCUUAAAUCCUACUUGAAAAUUCGCGGUUUGUGAUAAUGUUUUGAUAAUCGUUUGGCAUUACGUAGCUUCAGCAUUUCACAAACCGGAAGUGGAAUGCUUAUUAAGUUAACCGGUAGCCAAUCAGAACGUAGGUUGGAAUGCUCAAAUAAAGACGGAAAAAGAACCGAAAUUUAAUCUCUUUUAUGUAUUAUUUCAGAAAUAAAUCGUUGCCAAUGCCUCA